AAGGCAGGAGAACUACCAGCGCUCGAAUACUUGGUCUUAACGGCCCACCGGAAGAGUGAUCUGGCUCAGGAGAGUUCUGGAGCUUGCUUGGGCUCAGGCUCGGCGACGAAUGUGGAUAGCGUUCUAGGCCUCACCGGAGUUGCUGGGUUGCUCCAAGGCGGUGUGGUGCAUUGGUGGUGCGUUUUCGAAGGCAGGCACUGAGACCAGCAGUCUGUGGCUUGCACUGGGCCACAUGCAGAUUGAAUAGAGGCUUGAAUGUGGAGGGGUGAAUUUGGUGUGUAUUCCAUGUGAGGCUAAUGCUUUUUCCCUCCUUCCUGGUUGGAAACAGGCUAUUUUAGCAAGAGUCACACCAUGCUUUUUCUAGAUUUCCAAUUAAACAUCAACAUUCCUGCAUGAGUAUUUCCCUAUUAAAAUGUCCUUGCCCCUUACCGAAGAGCAGAGGAAAAAGAUAGAAGAAAAUCGACAGAAGGCUCUGGCUCGUAGAGCUGAGAAAUUAGCACAACAGCAUCAGAGCACAGGCUCAGGCUCCUCCAUCACCGUCAACCCUUCCCAGUCCAAGCAGGGAUCUUCCCAAAAUCCUCCAAGGGAUUCUUCUAAGCCAGUUACCCGUGAUGUUAUUUUCAAGCAAUGGAAUCCCACUAAUUCAUCAAAUGGUGACAAAAGAUCUCAUAAUUCCCACAAAUUUCGUCUCAGCACACCAGAGCCAGCAGAAGGGAUAUGGAAGAGUCAAGAAGAGAAGCCCAUAGCCUGCCCAAGCCACAGGCCACCAAGUCAAACGACUGUCACUGGGGUCUCCCCUCCCCUGGCACAAAGUUCUCCAGAGGUCCCCAACCAACAGCACUUGGGCUAUAAAUUAGGUCGAGGUCAUGCUCAGGCUUCACACAAGACUAAAUUGACACCCUUUGCUAAUACAACUCAUGAGCUUUUGGCUGUAACAGUGAGUUCCCAGGAGACACCAGCUUCUUCCCCAGGACAGCCCCCUGGGGAUCCUGAAUUACUAGCUGAGAGAGUGAGACCGUCCACCUCAGGGCAGACCAUUUCUGACCUCCAUUAUGGCUCAGGGUAUGUGACCCCCAGGACAGAAGGAAAACGCCAACAAAAUCUGGAACUCUCACUCCACAAAGAAGUAAGCUCCCAGAAGGGCAUGUGCAUACAGAAUGGAGAUCGUUUCCAGGUGAAGAUUGGGUACAAUGCAGAGCUUCUUGCUGUGUUUAAGAGUCUGCCCAGCAGAAGUUAUGAUCCUGCCACCAAGACGUGGAACUUCAACAUGACUGACUACAGUGACCUGAUGAAAGCAGCCCAGCGCCUCCCCAAGGUCACCCUGCUGCCUUUGGAAAGGGUCAGUGGCACCGACAGCGGGGCACAGGCCAGCCUCCCUCCAGCCCGGUCCCUUGCCUUUGUCAAAGGGCAGUGCAUGCUCAUCUCCCGGGCCCGCUUCGAGGCAGACAUCGGCUAUUCCGAAGACUUGGUGGCACUGUUUAAACAGUUGGAUUCCAGGAGUUACGAUGUCAAGACCAGGAAGUGGAACUUUCUCUUGGAAGACCACAAUAAACUAAUUGAAAGGGUGCGCUGCCUCCCACAAGUUCAACUGGAUCCUCUGCCCAAGACUAUCAUCCAGGCUUUUGCUUCUCAGCUCGAGAAGACGUCUCUUCAUCUCACAGUAGAUGCCCCGGAGGCAGACCUUUCUGGAGUGGAUUCCAAGCUUGUGUCCAGUCUGAUGCCCUUUCAGAGAGCUGGUGUCAAUUUUGCCAUAGCAAAAAGAGGCCGCCUGCUGCUUGCUGAUGACAUGGGCCUGGGGAAGACCAUCCAAGCCAUCUGCAUAGCGGCCUUUUACCGGAAGGAGUGGCCACUCCUGGUGGUGGUGCCGUCAUCUGUGCGCUUCACCUGGGAGCAGGCCUUCCUCCUGUGGCUGCCAUCUUUGACCCCCGACUGCAUCAAUGUCGUGGUGACCGGGAAGGACCACCUGAGAGCUGGCUUGGUCAACAUCGUCAGUUUUGACCUUCUUAGCAAGUUGGAAAAACAGCUAAAAACCCCUUUUAAAGUUGUCAUCGUUGAUGAGUCUCACUUCCUCAAAAACAGUAAGACUGCCCGCUGUCGAGCAGCUAUGCCCAUUCUAAAGGUUGCCAAGAGGGUGAUCUUGCUGUCAGGCACACCAGCCAUGUCCCGGCCUGCGGAGCUCUACACUCAGAUCAUCGCAGUCAAGCCAACUUUCUUUCCUCAGUUCCAUGCCUUCGGACUGCGCUACUGUGAUGCCAAGCGGCAGCCCUGGGGAUGGGACUAUUCGGGCUCCUCCAACCUCAACGAACUGAAGCUCCUACUGGAGGAAGCGAUCAUGCUGCGGCGCCUCAAAUCUGAUGUCCUUUCCCAGCUCCCUGCCAAACAGCGCAAGAUGGUGGUUGUUGCCCCGGGACGGAUCAGUGCCAGGGCCAGAGCCGCCCUGGAUGCUGUGGCCAAGGAGAUGAUCACCAAGGACAAAACUAAAAAGCAGCAGAAAGAGGCCCUCUUUCUCUUCUUCAGGAGGACAGCUGAAACCAAAAUCCCAUCUGUCAUUGAAUAUAUCCUGGACUUACUGGAAAGUGGAAAAGAGAAGUUUCUAGUGUUUGCACACCAUAAAGUGGUUUUGGAUGCAAUUACUAAUGAGCUUGAGAGAAAGCAUGUGCAGCACAUCCGCAUCGACGGCUCCACCCCCUCCGCAGACCGAGACAAUCUGUGCGAGCAGUUCCAGCUAUCCGAGAGGCACGCCGUGGCCGUGCUGUCCGUCACCGCAGCCAACAUGGGCCUUACCUUCUCCUCUGCUGACCUGGUGGUUUUCGCCGAGCUGUUCUGGAACCCAGGGGUGCUGAUCCAGGCUGAGGACCGGGUGCACCGCAUUGGACAGACAAACUCUGUGGGCAUUCACUAUCUCGUGGCAAGAGGCACAGCGGAUGACUACCUUUGGCCCAUGAUUCAAGAGAAGCUUAAAGUUCUGGGUGAAGCCGGGCUUUCUGAGACCAAUUUUUCAGAAACGACAGAAGCCGCUGAUUACUUCUACAAGGACCCAAAGCAGCAGACUAUCUAUGACCUAUUCCAGAAGUCCUUUGAGGAAGACAGAAGCGAUAUGGAGCUCCUGGAGGCACUAGAGUCCUUUGACCCAGGAAGUGCUUCAGGAACAUCUGGAAGCAGUUCUCAGGACAUGGGAGACACCCUGGACGAGAGCACAUUCACAGCCAGUCCAUCUAAGAAAAGGAGAUUUGAAUUUUUUGAUAACUGGGAUAGCUUUACCUCUCCCAUGUAAGAAGGUCAAAAAAAGACUUUUGAAAAUCAUGGAAUU